AGAAUGGGAAGAAGAAGAAAAUAAGGAGGAGGAGAUGAAGUCGGGAAGGAAGAGAGGGAAGAGGAGAAAGGAGAUGGUCCAGCGGCGGCCGGGCUUUGGUGGUCGACGGCCAGCCGUCGACAGCAGGCGGCGGCCGGAGAGGAGGGGAAAACCGAGAGCAUCCUCGGUUUUGGUCCGGAACAGGGGAAGGAGGCUCGGUUCGUUGGAACAGAGGAAUAGGGGCGGUGGUCUAGAGGGAAGAAGGGGCUUCGGCGGCGGCGCUUGGCCGAGGCGGCACCCCGGCCACCGGAGAAAAGGAAGGAGUAGGAGGAGAGGUGCUCGGUGGAGCUCAGAGGACUCACAGGUAGGUCCCGAACUUCUUCUCUCUCGCUUUCCUCCAAGGCAGCAAAGGGUGAUUCCACCUAUGGCUCCCAAGUCUAAUUCUCCGCUCAAGGCCGUCUCCUUUCUCUUUUUGGUGCUAUUCUUUUGGACUUCAGCUGGUCUCGAGGAGAGGGAAGGGUGCUACAUCAAGGCCAUAUAUAGCUUGGGAGACUCCAUUGCCGACACUGGCAACCUCCUUCGAGAGGGUGUGGGCGGGGCUUUUGCACCCAUCGCACACCUUCCAUACGGCGAGACCACUUUUCACAGGCCCACCGGGCGUUGCUCCGACGGACUUCUCAUGAUAGACUACCUCGCUUCGUCCCUCAAUCUUCCUUUUGUCAAUCCUUAUUUGGACAAGGAGGCUAAUUUCAACCAUGGAGUCAAUUUUGCUGUAGCUGGGGCCACUGCACUUGACCAUUCCUUUUUCGAGGAAAGGGGCAUUUUGAUGCCUUAUACUAAUAGUUCUUUGAAUGUUCAGCUUGAUUGGUUGAAGACCCAUCUUGAUUCUGUUUGCUCAUCAGAAACAGAUUGUGCUGAAAAGCUUAAUCAUGCUCUGUUUUUGGUGGGAGAGAUUGGAGGCAAUGACUAUAAUUACGCUUUCUUUGGAGGAAAAUCCAUUACAGAGGUGAUAAGUUAUGUUCCACAUGUUGUGCAAAGCAUAAUAAAUGCUUCCAAGGAAGUGAUAGAUAUGGGAGCUGUUCAACUAGUUAUUCCUGGGAAUUUUCCAAUUGGAUGUUUUCCAAGCUACUUAACAGCAUCGCGUUCAUCAGAUCCAGAUGCUUAUGACGACAGAAUGUGUUUUAAAGGACUUAAUGCCUUUGCCAUGCUCCAUAAUUUAAAACUUCAAGAAGCAAUACAAGAGUUGAGGAAGUCACAUCCUCAUGUUAUCAUCAUGUAUGCAGAUUACUACCAUGCCUUCUUGCAUCUACUUGACAAUGCAGUGGAUUUAGGAUUUGCCAAGAAUUCAUUGAUGAAAGCUUGUUGUGGAAGUGGCGGUGUGUAUAACUUUGAUGCCUCCAAAAUGUGUGGUUCUCCUGGAGCUUCAACAUGCGACAACCCUGCUCAACAUAUAAGUUGGGAUGGAAUUCAUUUAACACAGAAGGCAUACAUGAUCAUGGCGCGAGAGUUAAUCAGUGGUGGAUUCUCCUAUCCAAGCUAUGGAGUCCAGGAGAAGUGGAAAUGCUACUAUUGAGUCCUGGAGAAGACGGAAGCAUAGUGUUGAAAUAAUAUCUUGUCCUAUUUAGACUAGGAACUUGGAUUGAGUUGUCAAUUAGUCCGUUCAUGUUUUUAGUUUUAUUUUUUUGAUGAUUUGUUUAGAGUAUUAAUCAUCUGUCUCUGAUGGGACUAUGUCAUUUUGUGUUUCAUCAAUUAUUGACAAUUGCGUUAAAUUUGAUGGUCAAGAUUUUAUCUAGCUCGA